CCCAUCCUUGUUUUUUUUCCUGCGGGCAGGUGAGGUGCAGCGGUCGUGAUGGAGUGCAACAGCACCCUACUGACGGCUCUGGCCGCGGUUGCCAGUGCUACCAAAUUGGACGUGAAUCAAUCGGCGGUGCUCACCGAACUCGUUUGCGGCUAUGACGGUCGUAUCAGCGAUGCCAUGUCUGGUAUCAGCGAUGCCGUGACUGGCACGAACACGAUGUUCUUGCUCUUCUCGGCCUACCUGGUCUUCAUUAUGCAGGCAGGAUUUGGCAUGCUCUGCGCCGGGUCCGUGCGGGCCAAGAACGCCUUGAACAUCAUGCUGACGAAUGUUAUGGACGCCGCUGCCGGUGCCAUUUCCUACUUCCUUUUCGGGUUCGCGUUCGCGUUCGGAGGCGGAGCGGACUCGAACGGCUUCAUUGGCAAUGACAAUUUCGCGCAAUCGAGGUUCCAUGCGGACGAGCCCUUUGCACGAUAUGAGAUGUGGAUGUUCCAGUGGGCCUUCGCUGCGGCCGCUGCGGGGAUCACGAGCGGGUCCAUCGCAGAGAGGACGCAGUUUACGGCUUAUCUGGCGUAUUCCACGUUCCUGACGGGCUUCGUGUACCCGGUGGUGUCCCACUGGGUGUGGUCACCCAGCGGGUGGAUCAGCGCCUUCAACACGGGCAACAUGUUCCUGGACGUCGGCAUGGUCGACUUCGCGGGCAGCGGCGUGGUGCACAUGACGGGCGGCAUCGCCGGCUUCAUGGGCGCCUGGAUCGAGGGCCCUCGUAUAGGGCGAUUCGAUCGCACGGGCGGCACGCAGGAGAUGAAGGGUCACAGCGGCACUCUUGUCAUCCUGGGAACCUUCCUGCUCUGGUUUGGCUGGUACGGGUUCAACCCCGGCUCGCUCACCGUUAUCGUUCCGGUUGGCAAAGCUUUGAACCAAGCCGUCGUUGCGAGAACCGCUGUGACAACCACUCUAUGCGGUGGCGCCGCCGCAUUGACUACGCUCUUCGCCAGGCGGUGGAUGGCCGGUCACUGGAACGUGACGGACGUGUGCAACGGCCUGCUGGGCGGAUUCGCGGCCGUGACCGCGGGGUGCUCAGUCAUCGAGCCCUGGGCUGCCAUCCUCCUCGGCUUCCUCGCCGCCUGGACGUUGAUUGGCAUGAACAGGCUGGCGGAGAAGAUAAAGUAUGACGACCCGUUGGAGGCAUUCCAGCUCCACGGUGGUUGCGGCUUGCUCGGUGUGCUGUACGUCGGACUGCUUGCCAAGAAGAGCUUCCUCAUGGAGGCAUUUCCGAAGGUCGAAGGCACUCCGUACGGGCUCUUCUACGGAGGGGGCGGGAAGUUGCUGGCGGCUCAGCUCAUCGGUGCCAUCUGUAUCGCCGUGUGGACAGCGGUUAUGAUGGGCAUCCUGUUCUACGUGCUUCAGAUUUUCGACUUACUGCGCAUCUCCCCGGAUGAGGAGGCCGCCGGACUUGACCGCACCGCCCAUGGCAAGUCCGACGAGGGAAAGGGAGGACCGACACUCCUGGUGCCAGAUGUACAGGGGACGUCCCCGGCCAAACAAGACACCGAAGCAACAGUAUGAUGUUAUCGAGAGUUGGCGGGAGAUCCAAAUUCAUCGAAUCGCAGUAGUGACCAAUGACCAUCUCGUUUUUGAAGCUGCGAACGAAUGCCAGAGGCCCGGGGAGGGAGAUCUAUUGGUAAGAAAGGGGUCUGAGGGGAGGAGUUGCGUGUCAGUCUGUCAGACUCUUUUUUCGUCGAUGAGUAAAGCAAAGCCGGUCUA